AUGAACGAGUACCAAGAACUUGUUAAUAUUGAUCUAUAUCCUAUUGAUCCUGAAAUUGAGCGCACAUUCAGAGAGAGAAGAAGAGCUCAACAUAGGGCUCAAGGGGAAAUAGAAAUGAUGGAUGACCAAGGAAAUGGACGACGAGCUCAAGGGGAAAUGGCCCCUAAUAAUGGUCAAAAUGCAGUGAUUAUGGCGGAUGAUAGAGAUCAAAUCAUCCGACAAUACGCAGCACCUCUUUUCAAUGAGCUCAAUCCGGGCAUUGUGAGGCCAGAAAUUCAAGCUCCACAGUUUGAGUUGAAGCCAGUUAUGUUCCAGAUGCUUCAAACUGUGGGACAGUUUAGUGGCAUACCCACCGAAGAUCCUCACCUUCACCUUCGUCUAUUUAUGGAGGUGAGUGAUUCUUUCAAAUUGCCCGGAGUUACGGAGGAUGCCUUGAGGUUAAAGUUGUUCCCCUAUUCUUUGAGAGAUCAAGCCCGAGCUUGGUUGAACUCCUUGCCUUCUGCGUCGGUUACAACUUGGCAAGAAUUAGCAGAGCGGUUUUUGAUGAAGUAUUUUCCUCCAACUAAGAAUGCCAAGCUCCGGAAGGAAAUAACUUCCUUUCAACAAUUUGAAGAUGAGUCUUUGUAUGAGGCAUGGGAAAGGUUCAAGGAGUUGUUGCGGAAAUGUCCUCACCAUGGUAUCCCUCAUUGCAUCCAAAUGGAAACAUUUUACAACGGUCUCAAUGCUCAUACUCGAAUGGUGGUUGAUGCUUCGGCAAAUGGUGCUUUACUUGCCAAGUCCUAUAAUGAGGCCUAUGAUAUUAUUGAGAGAAUUUCCAACAACAAUUAUCAGUGGCCCACUACUAGAGUACCUUUGGGGAAGAAGGUUGCCGGUGUUCUUGAAGUUGAUGCCAUUACUGCUUUAUCUGCCCAAGUUGCUUCUAUGUCAAAUAUGAUCAAAAAUAUGAGCAUGGGUCAACAAAUGGGUCACCGUAAUGUUUCCUCACCGUGGGACAACUUGAGGAGGUUUCUUGAGUUUUUUGUAGUGAGGCUCAUACCUUUGACAAUUGCCCAUUCAAUCCUCGCAUCCGUGUUUUACAUGGGAAGUCAGAAUGCCUACAACCAAACAUACAAGCAACACCCAAACUUGGCAUACAGAAAUCAAGGGGCUGGUACUAGUAAUUCAUCCAUGCUUCCUAGAUCCAACUUUCCACCUGGUUUUUCUCAACAAGCCUUUCAACAAAGACAACAACAAGGUGUCCAAACAAGUUCUCUUGAGAGUAUGAUGCGUGAUUUCAUGGCCAAGACAGAAAAUUUCAUGACAAGAACUGAGAAUUAUAUGGCGAAGAAUGACACUGCGAUCCAAAGUCAAGCAACCUCCAUGAGAACUCUAGAAAAUCAAGUUGGGCAACUAGCUAAUGAGCUUCGAAAUAGGCCACAAGGUACUUUGCCUAGUGAUACUGAAAAUCCAAGAAGAGAUGGAAAAGAGCAUUGCAAGGCGGUAAUCUUGAGGAGUGGUAAAGUUCUGGAGUCAAACGAGGAAGAAGCUAAGGAUAAAAAUGAGCCCACUUCAAUCCAAAGUCGAGUAGAGAAAAAUGUUGAACCUUCUAAUAUGGCAAAGGAGCAACCUGAAGAAAAUGCUGCAGCAAUUCCUCAUCAAAAUGCAGCAGAAAAGUUACUUAGCAAGCCACCCCCACCAUUUCCUCAAAGAUUUAAAAAGCAGCAAGAAGAUGGUCAAUUCCGAAGAUUUCUUGAUGUUCUAAAGCAGCUCCACAUCAACAUACCAUUAGUGGAAGCUUUAGAGGAAAUGCCCAACUAUGUAAAGUUUUUGAAGGACAUUUUGACAAAGAAAAGGAGGCUAGGUGAGUUUGAAACAGUGGCUUUGACGGAAGGGUGUAGCGCCAUGUUGAAGAGCAAAAUUCCUCCUAAGUUGAAAGAUCCCGGAAGUUUUACAAUCCCAUGUACCAUUGGCGGAAGAGAUGUGGGUAGAGCCUUAUGUGACUUGGGAGCUAGUAUUAAUUUAAUGCCCAUGUCUAUUUUCAAGAAGUUGGGAAUUGGAGAAGCAAGGCCAACCACCGUCACUUUGCAAUUGGCCGAUCGUUCCAUGGCCCAUCCGGAAGGAAAAAUUGAAGAUGUCUUGGUGCAAGUUGAUAAGUUUAUUUUUCCGGCCGAUUUCAUCAUUCUUGAUUAUGAGGCGGAUAGAGAAGUUCCUAUUAUUUUGGGAAGGCCAUUCCUUGCUACCGGGAGGACCUUGAUUGAUGUGCAAAAAGGGGAACUUACUAUGCGGGUGAAUGAUCAACAAGUGACUUUUAAUGUGUUCAAUGCCAUGAGGGUUGGGAUGAGAUUGAGGAAUGCUCUCGCAUAA